CGUCCCUUCACUUCCUUGGAUUACUUUCUCACUUCGCUCACCUCUCCGUCCUCGUCCUCAAUGGCUCCUCAUUUUGCUCUUCUUCCUCUUUCCACUUCCCCCCACCGCCACUUCUAUCCUUCUUAUUUCAAACCUCCCACCACGUCCUCAACACCCCGAGGAUUCUCUGGAUUUUCGGUCAUCACCUCUUGCUCUUCUAAUGGCAGAGACGCGGAUGGCCUCAAGAGCGACGACCGCCUUCGUGAACAAAAACGACGAGCUGAGUUGUCCGCUCGCAUUGCCUCCGGAGAAUUUACGGUGCAGCAGUCUGGUUUCCCGUCUGUAUUAAAGAAGAGUUUGUCAAAGUUGGGCAUGCCCGAGGAGGUUCUGGAUCUUUUAUUCGGUAGAACGGAUGGUCUUCGUGAAAACCCCAUAAUUCCCGAGGCGAAAGGAUCAAUCAAAGCCAUUCGAAGUGAGGCCUUCUUCAUUCCAUUGUAUGAACUUUACCUAACAUACGGUGGAAUUUUCAAACUGAACUUUGGGCCAAAGUCUUUUCUUAUAGUAUCUGAUCCAUCCAUUGCAAAACACAUUUUGAGAGACAAUUCAAAGGCAUAUUCAAAGGGCAUCUUGGCUGAGAUCCUGGACUUUGUAAUGGGAAAAGGGCUUAUCCCUGCGGACGGGGAAAUAUGGCGUGUUAGACGACGUGCUAUAGUCCCAGCAUUGCAUCUUAAGUAUGUAACAGCUAUGAUUAACCUUUUUGGACAAGCUACAGAGAGACUCUGCAAGAAACUAGAUGCUGCAGCAUCUAAUGGGGAGGAUGUUGAGAUGGAGUCACUUUUCUCUCGUUUGACUUUGGAUAUCAUUGGCAAGGCCGUAUUCAAUUAUGAUUUUGAUUCUUUAACGAAUGACACGGGUAUAGUUGAGGCUGUUUAUACUGUACUGAGAGAAGCAGAAGAUCGAAGUGUUGCUCCAAUUCCUUUCUGGGAGAUCCCCAUAUGGAAAGACAUUUCACCACGUCAAAGGAAAGUUGCUUCAGCUCUCAAAUUAGUCAAUGACACGCUUGAUGAUCUGAUAUCAAUUUGCAAGAGAAUGGUUGAUGAAGAAGAUUUACAGUUUCAUGAGGAGUACAUGAAUGAAAAAGACCCUAGUAUUCUGCACUUCUUGUUAGCAUCGGGAGAUGAUGUAUCAAGUAAGCAACUUCGUGAUGAUUUAAUGACGAUGCUUAUUGCUGGACACGAAACAUCAGCUGCUGUUUUAACUUGGACCUUUUAUCUUCUAGCGAAGGAGCCUGUUAUCAUGUCCAAGCUUCAGGAAGAGGUUGACUCGGUACUUGGAGAUCGAUUUCCCUCUAUUGAUGACAUGAAGAAACUCAAGUAUACAACUCGAGUGAUCAAUGAGUCAUUGAGGCUCUACCCACAACCACCUGUGCUAAUUCGCCGGUCUCUUGAAAAUGAUGUUCUGGGAGGAUAUCCUAUAAAAAGGGGUGAAGAUAUCUUUAUCUCCGUUUGGAACUUACAUCGGAGUCCAGAACUUUGGGAAGACUCGGAUAAGUUUAUUCCUGACAGAUGGGCCUUAGAUGGACCUAAUCCUAAUGAGACAAAUCAAAACUUCAAAUAUCUUCCAUUUGGUGGAGGACCACGAAAAUGUGUUGGCGAUAUGUUUGCUUCAUAUGAGAAUGUAGUUGCACUUGCAAUGCUUGUCAGGCGGUUCAACUUCCACAUGGCCCCUGGAGCUCCACCGGUUGAAAUGACAACGGGGGCAACAAUUCAUACAACAGAAGGGCUGAAGAUGACUGUAACACGCAGAAUGAAACCUCCCAUUGUGCCUUCCUUGCCAAUGUCGAGUUUUGAUGCGAAUCCAUCCUUAAGCAUUUCGGAUAAGGACGCAGUAAGUCAGAAAAGGUGAAGUUCUUCGAUAGUCGGUGAAACACAGCGUAAAGCGACUCAAUAUGAAAUUUAAUGGAGGGGGAAAGUACUGGAUAUUGAAUUCUGUUUUAUCUCCUAACCAUGUAUAUCAUGGCUGUCUAUCUUAGUGAAGGUCAAGUAGUUAAUUAUGCGGCGAGGUUAGACUUGCCCCAUGAACCGCCGCCGCGCCAACCCCCCCCCCCCCAAAAACCAAACUCCCCUUUGCCAUAUAAUGUAAAGUCAUUUUGAUGAUACUUGGCUUCAGUUCGCGUUUGUAUGUGAGGGAAGAAAAUGCAGAGAAAGGGAGGAUAUAUUAACAUUUCCUUUGCGUGGGAA